GGAAUUUCCCAGCCUGGAAAAGAGGGAUCAAUGAUGAAAAUGGAUGGAAAAGUUUGGAAACCCCUGGAAAGCAGAAUUCCCAUGGCAGCAGGGAGGGAUCAGUCCCUGUUUUCCCGCGGCUGGGUCCCCUCUGGCAGCAUUCCAGGCUGUUUGUGCCGGGAUGAAUCAGAGGAUGAGGAAGGGCUGGAGGAGCAGGAAGAGCAGCCUGGGCUCGGUAUAAACACACCUGGGCCCCGCCGCUCCUGCUCCGGAACCCGGGGAGCGAUCCCGGCUGGAAUUCAGAGGGUUCCGAAGGAGGGAGUGGGGAUUGCCGGGACAUGAUCCAGUCUGGCUGAGAGCCCUGCACAGGCCUGGCUCAUGCUCCAUAAUCCCUGAGGCAUUCCCAGAAUCAGAGAUUCCCUCAUGGAAUCCUCUGCUCUCCUCCCAGCCCGGCUGCCGGGGGGCACCACCCGGGAGUCUCCCAGGGCUCUGUUCGUGGCCGGGGGCUCCGUCAUGUCGUGUUUCCCCCAGCUGUGGCACUCGAGCACUCCGGACUCUCCGAGCAGCCCCGAGCCGGCGGCGCCGCCGGUGCCUCUGAGCCCGCUGGUGCUGAGCUCGCCGGGGGAGGGCGGCCGGAGAGGCUCCCCGGGCUCGGCCAGCCCCGGCUCGCCCAAGCCGGCCUCUCCGGUGGAGUGCUCCAUCUGCUUCACCAGCUACGACAACGCCUUCAAGACGCCCAAGGUGCUGCAGUGCUCGCACGUGUUCUGCCUGGAGUGCGUGGCGAGGCUGAGCGCGGCGCUGCCCGGCCCCGCGGGGCCCGGGGAGCCGCUGCCGUGCCCGCUGUGCCGCCAGCCCACGGCUCUGCCGGGCCGGGGAGCGCCGGGGCUGCGCACCUGCCGCCCGCUGCUGGCCACGCUGCCCCCCGAGCAGCAGCAGGAGCGCCUGCUCUGGAUGGACGGCACCAAGCUCUGCUGCCGCCGCGCCUCGGACGACGCCGAGAACCCCGAGUCGUGCCUGUCCAUCGACGUGGCCAUGAGCAAGGCGGACAGCGCGGAGCCGCCGCCGCCGGGGCUGGCGGGGAGGCUGUCCCGCUGCGAGCUGUGCGACGAUUGGAAGCGGAUCGUGCUGCUCUCGGCUCUGGUGCUCAUCCUGUUCUGCAUCGUGCUGUGGCCCGUGCAGUGCGCGCUCAAAACCGGCAACAUGCGCUGCUUCAGCCGCCCCGCCAGACCCCAAUUCUUCACCCCCAAAACCACCCCGGCACCGGCGGCGGCCACACAGCUCCCGUUCCUCUAGGGCUGGAGCCCCUGCAGCUGCUCCGGGACGGGACAGCGACAGGACCCUCUCUCCUGACAGCGGCUGGGACACAACCCCCGUUCCUGUAGGGCCAGAGCGGCUCGGGGAUGGCACCUGGGACAAAACCCCCGUUCCUGUAGGGCCAGAA